GCGAGGAGGAGCGCGCGCGGCUCGAGAUCGCCCUCGAGGAGGCAAAGGGCGAGCUCGCCGCGGCGGUCGAGCAGCUGGCGGCGGACCGGGAUGCGGCGGCCGCCGAUCGCGCGGCGGCGGCCAAGCUGACGCCGAUGCGAGACAAGCUGCUCGAGCUGAAGAGGCAGUCCGUCGCGAUGCUGGACGAGCGCGAGGCGGAGCUCAGCCGGUUGCGCGCGUCGGUGGCCGUCGAGGGGGACAAGGCGCCCGCGGCGGAGGCGGUGGCAGCGAACGGCGGCGGGGGCCGCGGCAGUACAGCCUCAGAGGUCGCAGCGCUGCGCCGGCAACUCCGCGAGGCGCGCAGCGGGGCGAGGGAGGCGCGCGAGGCGCUGCGCGUGUGGCGGGAGACGGACGCUGGCGGCCUUGAGCACCUCAAGCAGGUGGUAUGCAAAUACAUUUCGAUGGACGAGACCGAGUCGGAGGCGGUGUUCCAGGUGAUCGCCGCGCUCCUCGGCCUCUCACCCCAGGAGCACAAUGAGCUGCAGAAAGCGCGGGCCCGCAAGAUGUCCAAGGGCUCGUUCCUCUUUUGA